CGCGUUCGCCCCGCCCCGCAGGAGGAGCCGAGGCCGCCUUUCUGCCUGGGCCGCCGGCGUCUGGGGCUACGCCGGGGUACCGCGGUGGGUAAUCUGGGCGCGGGGCCGCGAGGCUGCCAGGGAUGGAAGAGGGCCGUGCAGAGAGGCGACGGAGGACGGAAGCGCCUUCGUGCACGCAGGGCGGCGCGCGGAGAGCGGGCAUCAUGACCGACGUCCACCGGCGGUUCCUCCAGUUGCUGAUGACUCAUGGGGUGCUGGAGGAGCGGGGCGUGAGACGCCUGCAGAAGCACUGCUAUCGGGUCCAUGGCCGCACUACCGCCGUGGAGGAGCUGGAGGACUUCAUCAACAACAUUAACAGCGUCUUGGAGUCGUUGUAUAUUGAGAUUAAGAAAGGGGCUACCGAGGACGACGGGAGACCCGUUUACGCGCUGGUGAAUCUUGCAACGACUCCGGUUUCCAAAAUGGCCUCGGAUUUUGCAGAGAACGAGCUGGAUCUGUUUAGAAAGGCUUUGGAACUGAUUAUUGAUUCGGAGACUGGCUUUGCGUCCUCCACAAAUAUCUUGAACCUGGUCGAUCAACUUAAAGGCAAGAAGAUGAGGAAGAAGGAAGCAGAGCAGGUGCUGCAGAAGUUUGUACAAAACAAAUGGCUGAUCGAGAAAGAAGGAGAGUUCACGCUGCACAGCCGGGCCAUCCUCGAGAUGGAGCAGUACAUCCGGGAGACGUACCCCGACGCCGUGAAGACCUGCAACAUCUGCCACAGCCUCCUCAUCCAGGGGCAAAGCUGCGAGACCUGCGGCAUCAGGAUGCACCUGCCGUGCGUCGCCAAGUAUUUCCAGUCCGCCCCGGAGCCGCGCUGCCCCCACUGUAACGACUACUGGCCCCACGAGAUACCAGAAGUCUUCAACCCCGACAAGGAGCGGGAGGCCGGGACCUCCAAGGCGAACAAAAAGCCCUCGCGGUCCAGGCAGCACUAGCUGGCGGGCCCUGUUCGGAAGAGAAGCGUCAGCGUCUCCCGUCGCACCGAGUCCCCUUGCUGCUUUGUGUUCGCUCGUUAGCAGGUCUGGAAUAAAAGUUGCUAAGGA